CUCCUUUUUUAGAUAGGAUUAAUUUAUUAGAUUUGUAAAUAUUUUCAAUUUUAAACCAAACAAUUUUUAAUCUAAUAUGUUGCAGUUGCAGCUGUUUUCUCUGCAAUUAAUGUAUCGUGAAAACACAUUCACUGCAAAGGGUUUUACUAUGGACGCUUCAUUUCUUACUGUGGUGAGUGAUCAAUCUUUUUUUUCUUAUAUAAAUGUAAAUAUAUUUAAUUUUAUUUGAUGAUUUUGUUUUUUAGAUGGUAGGUAGCAUUACCACGUACCUAUUAGUUUUGAUACAAUUUCUAUUUUAUUCUUGCAUUCAAAAAUUGAAUUAUAAUUAAUUAAAAUAUAAUCUAGUAAAUCUAGUUGAUAAAGAGAUAUCUGUUUGAACAUAGAAAAGAUAUUUCAAAUAUUAAAUAUUUUAAUUUUUAUUAUUGUAAGUAGAAUAUUAUUAAAGAUAGUAUGUUUUAUCUCUCUGGGAUGUUUUAUGUUUAUAGAAAUAUUUAUAUACUCAUACAUGUAUAAAGAAAUUUGAAAAUGUUAUCUUAUGUACAUAUUAACUACAUUGUAUUAUAAUUGUACAACAUUUUACAUGAAUGUAAAUAGUUUAUCAAUUCUUAUCGCUAAACACAAAUCUAUCAUCCAAAUUUAAUUGUCAUGUUACAAUUAAAAAACAAUAGAAUAAAGAUCAACAACGACAAACCUAAAAAUUCAUUAUUUUUACCUUAUUUCACAUUAUGUUUUCUCUCAUGUUUAAAAAUUCUGUAAUAUAGAAAUGUAUAAUAUUUAUAUCUAAAAGCAAAGAAAACUGGUUGAUUUUAUCCAAUAAAAUAUAUUGAUUUGUUGAUUUAUAUAUAUGUAAAAAAAACAAAUGUUUCUCCUACAAAAUAUUAUAUUGAAAAUUUAUGAUUUAAGAAAAUAAUAAUAAUUAAAAAAUGCAUACGAAAUAAGAAGUAUCUAAUGUAUGAUAAUUAAUAUUACAGUUAAGGAAUAAUUAUAGAAUUAUUGUGUGUACAUCAGUUUGUUUUAUUUAACAGUAAGAAGUAAAAUACCAGAAAGUAAAAAUAUUAAUAACAUUUUAAUUUAUUUAUAACAUCAAAUUUUAUGUAAACUCACAAAAUGAUAGAGUAACAGAAGCUAUACGUGUAUUGGUAAAAAAUAGCAAAUGGAAAGAAAAUUUUACAGAAAGCAUAAUUUAUAACAAGAAUAAUAUAAUAAUUAAAUACAUAAAUUAUUUAAACAUUUUACUAAUUUUAUCAGUUACAUUAUCAUUUAAAAAAUUGUCAAAUACAUAAAACUAACAGAAUGAGCUGUUAAUUUGGUUUAAAGCAAAAGUUUAUGCCUUUCUGUUUUUAAUUUAAUGUAUAACAUAUUCUCUCUCUCUUUCUCUCUCUUUCUCUAUUCCUCUUUUAUUGCUAUUUAUUUAAAUUUAUAUGUAUUUAUAUUACGAUGGCAUAUUGCGUAAAUCUUGAUAAUACUUAUUCGAUUUGUACGUGAUCUAGAUGGAGAAUAGUGGAUUGAAUGACACAGCAACUACACAUCAUUACUUUAUGCGUGUUCCAGAUGUGAUAAGAGAAAGACUAUGGUUAUCUCAUGACUGACAUAUUCCUGUUUCGCUACUCGACGCAAUAAUCGUCAGUAGUUUUAAAAUCAAACUCGUCAGGUGUGGACAGAUUACGGGAAGUUUAUAUCAAUCCUUGCACUCCUUACGUUAACAUAAAAGUUAUAGUUAAAUGAAGAUUUCUUGUAAACAUUAACGAUAAAGUGCAUAGAUAACGUGCAAAUAAUAGUUUUUUUAUUGUAAUACAUAUAAAUCUGUGUUAUUCUUCUAUAGUUACGCUCUUAUAACACUUCAAUGAAUAUGUUCAAUUUGUCAUCAAAAUUUCAAAAACUCAAAGACAGAGAAAAAUGGAAAAUACGGUGGCUUUUCCAUGCAACGAAUUUUAAAUCGCUAAUGUAUCCCUGCUUCACUUUUUGUCGCAUUCUAGGAAUAUUUCCAUACAAGAUUGACGAUUCAACGUUCAAGAUUUCUAAACCAUGCUAUAUUUUGUCGUGCGUUAUUACGUGUGUUUCAUGCGUUUAUAACCUGACAAUUCUCUAUGACAAUUUUUCUAACAAAGUUAAAUUUAAAAGUUUUCCCAUGUCACUUGAGCGUAACUGUUUCUAUAUUUUCGGCGGUUUCAUAGCAGUCGUUACAUUCAUUUUAACUGAAUCACGAAUGCGUUUAAUUCAAACCAUAAUGAAGAUCUCUUUGAGAUUGCCCGAGGAAUCAUAUCAGAAUCUAUCUAGAAUGAUCCAUGCAAAGGAUAUUUUUGGAUUCUUCUUAAUAGUCGUGCAAGCUGUAAUAUAUUACUGCAGGAUGCAAUUCGGCAUCUUGCGCAAGAUUUUUAUACUAUACAUCGUUCUGUUGGUGUUCCAAAUGGAUAUGCUAUACAUGAAUUGCGUUUGUGUACUAAAAGCUUGUUUCAAGCAAAUCAACGACAAUCUGACGAAUCUGCGAAGACUUAUGACAAACCGUGAACCAUCUUUUUUGAGGAGAACUUACUACGAGCAUAAAAAUCCACUUGUAUUGAUGCAGCUCAACGCUUUGAAAAAACAACAUCUGGCACUCAGCGGCACAGUACAGAAGUUGAAAAUAAUCUUUAGUUUGCAACUUCUCUCUACAAUAGUUAAGAUCUUCAUUCAAAUCACUUUAAAUCUAUAUUUUUACUUAGUGCGAAUACAAGUGAGAUCUAUGAGCUAUAAGGAAAAUCAAGUUUAUUACAAGUACUUCAUUUCAACAAUAGCAUAUUGCCUUAUAAAAAUAGUACUGAUAGUAUGGGCUUGCGAAACAGGCAAGAAUCAAGCUGCCGAGAUCAGCAUUAGAGUUCAAGACACGUUUAACAGUGCCAGCGAUAAGCAAAUAAAAUAUGAGGUAGAUUAGAAAAGUUUAUAACUUAAUUUAUCUAAUUAUAUCAUGUUUAUCUAAUUAUAUCAUAUUUAUCUAAUUAUCCAAUUUUUUCAAUCCUAUGUUGCAGUUGCACCUAUUUUCCUUACAAUUACUGCAUUGUGAAAAUGUAUUCUCCGCAAAGGGGCUUACUGUGGACUUUUCGCUUCUCACUAAGGUGAGUAAUCAAUCAUUUGCUUUCGUUGAAUAAAUAUGGGUAUUCUUAAAUUUGUUUUGUGAUUUUUUUUAGAUGGCGGGUCUUAUUAUCACGUACCUAUUAAUCUUGAUACAGUUUGUAUUCAUAUUAAAUUCUUGCAACGAAAACUCAGUAACCGAUUUUAUACAUAUAAUCUAGUUAAUGUAAAGAUAUACAUAAUCAAACUUGAAAAAUACUAUAUAAAAAGUACUAAAAUUUAAGUAUUCUCACUUUUUAAAUUAUGAGUAGAAUAUUAUUGCAAGAAGAAUUGUUUUACUUGUAAUAAUACUUGUACACAUAAAUCUAUGUAUAAAAUUUUAAAACCUUAUGUCACAUGAGGUGUAAAAAAUCAGUUUACAAAUAACACGUAUUAUUUAGUUCAGUAUCAGUUCUACAAGAUAAGUUGUUCUCACUAGCGAAGCAGAAAGUGAUUUGAUUAUUGAUUUAUAAUCAAGACAAAAAAACUUAAUAGACAUGAUUAAAAUGAUAGAUAUAAUGCUUAUUUAUUUUUUAAUAAAACUUAAUUAUUUUAUGGCUAAAGAAAAUAAGAAA